GGCACGCCACAUUGGACCCUGAAUAUAUGGUUCUAAAUGAGCCGCAAAUUGCUGGGAAAGAAGACUACGUAUCUUUAAAUGGAAGUAUAUCGAUAGAUAUAUAUAGAGUUAUAUGCCCGUUGAUGAAUCAGACACCUAAGCAAAAUGAUUUUGACGAAUUACUUCUUGUUCUUUCAAGGCCAACUACUUACAACAAAAGCAUUCUGCCUCGUGAUUCUUCUACUUGUUUUGAUAACACCUUUGCUGGUGUUGCUAAGAAGAAAGAAUGGCGGAAGAUAUAAACGAAGUUGGCGAUUGCCUCCGGGUCCUAUCAGGCUUCCUGUCAUUGGAAACCUGCACCAGCUCGGCGACAUGACGGCUCAAUCACUUCAGAAGCUUUCUAAUAAAUAUGGACCUUUGAUGUUUAUCCAAAUAGGCUCAGUGCCUGCUUUGGUGAUCUCAUCUACAGAUGUAGCUAAAGAAGUUUUCAGAAAUCAUGAUAUUGUGUUUUCUGGAAGACCUGCUUUAUAUGCUGCCCACAAGCUCUUAUAUGGGUGCACCGAUAUAACUUUUUCUCCUUAUGGUGAGUACUGGAGAACAAUCAGAAAGUUAUCAAUAUCGGAACUGUUGAGUCCAAAGAGAGUUGCGUCAUUCCGAGAUGUUAGGGAAGAGGAAGUGUCUAUCUUCAUCGAUUCCAUCCGCAAAUCUUCUGCAUCUAUGGUUCCCAUAAAUUUAAGCGAGAUGUCGCUUUGUGUCAUAAACGAUGUAGUUUGUCGAACUGCUUUUGGUAGAAAAUUCGGAGAGGGAGGAGGUAAGCUUCGUAGAAUUCUUCAAGUAACCCAAGAAAUGAUUGGUACGCCCCAGACUGCAGAUAUCUUCCCAUGGAUGGGUUGGAUCCACAGGUUCGAUGGAGUAGACGCAAAAUUAGAGGAUACCUUUCAGCAACUAGACAAUCUUUAUGAGAGAAUAAUGGAUGAACACCUCGAACCCCAGAGACCCAACCCUGAAUUUGAAGAUUUUGUUGAUGUGCUGUUCCGUCUUCAGAAGGACCCUAGCCAGAGUAUUUCCUUUAGUAGAGAUCAAAUUAAGGGAAUCCUCACGGACAUAUUUGUUGCUGGAACUGAUACAUCUGCUGCGACAAUAGUGUGGACAAUGACAGAACUAAUCAGGAAUCCAGCAGUGAUGGAGAAAGUACAAGAGGAAGCGAGAAGAAUCCUCGGCAACAAGGAGUUCGUAGAAGAAAUUGAUCUUCCCAAACUGAACUACUUGAAGUUAGUGGUAAAGGAGACGUUGCGGCUUCAUACUCCGGCGCCCUUACUAGUCCCAAAGGAAACUACGGAUGACUGCAUAGUAAACGGGUACGACAUCCCAGCAAAAACGAGGGUGUUCUAUAAUGCAAAGGCCAUUGCAAUGGACCCUAAGUUUUGGGAAGACCCAGAAGAGUUCCGACCAGAAAGAUUCAUGACUAAGAACAUAGAUUUUAAAGGACAAGACUUUGAGAUGGUACCAUUUGGGAUUGGACGGAGGGGUUGCCCUGGUAUUACCUCUGCUUUGGUCAUAAUCGAACUUGUUCUUGCAAAUCUUCUAUACUGUUUUAAGUGGGAAUUGCCCCUUGGAAUGAAAAAGGAUGAAAUCGAUAUGCAAGGAGCUCCUGGGGUCACAGUGCACAAGAAGUUUCCACUCUUCUUGGUCGCUACUGCUGCUGCUGCAAAUGUAAACCCAAGAGCGUAAGAAGAAGAGAUGCUGGGAAGCAGCUCCUCAGAGGCUUUUCAUAGGUGAUGCCGAAACAAAGACAUCUCAGGAUGCGCUAGUUAAGUUUAGUACCCCAUGAAAUUGGAAGAAGAAAACUCAAUAAGGCUAGGCAAUCCAAACUAUUUCUGUAUAGUGGGUAAACUGGUAAUGUCCGGUUUAGAAGGUGAUAGCAUUCUGAGCACAUGACCAUGUCUGGUAUAUUUUUCCGUCGCAUCACUAAUGCCUACAUGUGAAAAACUUCCACUCAGCUUGGUAUGCUGCUGCCAAAUCCUUCAUCAUCAAUCACUACCAGUUUACCCAACAUCUAAAUUUCUACUUCCUUUUUCUUUCCAGUUUAUUAAUUGGUUGGUUGAGUCAUUGCAAUCUAUUACAUUUAUUAGCAUAAAUUUUCCAGCCCUUAAGGCUACAGUUUCAGUGGUCA